CAUCCACACUGCCUGUUGAGGAGACAGCGGUAGAGAAAGCGGAGAAGCCACAGACUCCCCCUCCUCCUCCAAAUGGAGGGUGGAUGGCAUGGCUCCAAGUUGUUGGAGCCUUUUUUCUCUUCUUCAACUCAUGGGGCGUGGUCAACACCUUUGGCGUGUACCAGACCUACUAUGAAACGGAUCUCUUGCAUGGUCAUUCUCCCUCGUCCAUCUCCUGGAUUGGCACCGUCCAGGGCUUUCUCUUGUUCCUGGUUGGAGUCAUUGCCGGUCCAGUCUUCGACAAGGCCGUUGGCUCAUUCCUGGUGGUUUUCGGUCUGAUGAUGACUUCCUUGUCAGACCAGUACUACCAAGUCUUUCUGGCUCAUGGAGUCGCUGUCGGAAUCGGUUGUGCGUUCUUGUUCCUGCCUAGCAUCGCUAUCGUGGCUACUUACUUUACCACGCGGCGGGCCGUGGCGACGGGCAUCACCGCGUCGGGAGGAAGCAUUGGCUCCGUGAUAUACCCCAUCAUCUUCCGCAACCUCAUCGACUCCGUCGGCUUCGGCUGGACCACCCGUAUCAUCGGCUUCAUCGCCCUAGGCGGACUGUGCAUCUCCCUUGCCGUGAUGCGCAUGCGCCUUCCACCCCCCAAGCAAGCCAGAUCCCUCCUCGACCUGUCCGCCUUCAAAGAAGCCUCCUUCCUAAUCUUCAGUUUUGGUCUGUUCUGCGCCUUCGUCGGUCUCUACUUCCCGUUCUUCUACCUCCCCACCUACAUGUCCAACGUCGUCCACUCAACCGACGACCUAGCCUUCUACAUCAUCGCCAUCCUCAAUGCCACGUCGGUCUUUGGUCAACAUUGGGGGACGAUCGUGUUUGCGUGUCUGUAUGGGUUUUUCUCCGGGCGAUUUCCGAAUAUGAGUAUUGUGGGCACGCGGAUGGGUAUGUGCUUCACGUUUGCCGGGCUGGGGCUGUUGAUUGGCAAUCCGAUUGCUGGGGCGCUGUUGGAUCUGGAGAGGGGUGCGGUUAUGGUUACCGCCGGAGCUGCCGCUUUUGUCUGGUUGAGGAUGCUGAAGUGGAGGGAUGGAGAGAGAGGGAAGUAUUAGUCUGGAUGGGCUAGUGGUGGUGGUGGUGGUGGUGUUGUAGGGGAAGGUUGGUGAAAGAUGGCAUAUUAACCAUUGCUUCGAUUCUUUUACAUUACUCAGUCAGAAAAAGGUUCUGUUUACAGGACUCGGCUGGGUGCAUGACUGCUCUUUAUUGAUCCUAAUACCUAGCUAGUUUGAUACCGAUAGACUAACCGGAAUAUUUAUGUUUCAGGAUAUA